CGUUACAGAGUGGGGUCUUCAAUCACGGACGUUGACUAGGUCAAACUUCUUAACCCUCAUAGCCGUUGGUCUCUCCCAAUUCAAAUUCCAUCCGGAGAGAAACGCACACACAGAGACACACAGAGAAGCCAUGACAAUGCAUGGCGGUGCAGGAGCUCAAGAAGAAGAAGAAGAAGAGCAGGAGGAGAUGAUGCAGAAGCUCAGAUCUAGAGCCACUGAACUCCUCCUUAAAGAGGACUGGAACGAGUACAUCAACCUCUACUCUUAUUUCAUCUCCACCACCUCCACCUCCACCUACAAUGGUGGGUCCAAGCUCCAUAAAGCACUCCCGUCCGCCUUCUCCAACCGUGCCGAGGCUCGUCUCCGGGUCCGUGACCUACCCGGGGCGCUGGCUGACUGCCAACGUGCUCUAGACAUCGAGCCCAGCCAUGUCAAAGCUCUCCUUUGUAAAGGUAAGACACUCCUUGAACUCCAUCGCUAUUCUCAGGCCUCUGAAACCUUCCAACUAGUUCUUUCCCUUCAAACUCACUUGUCUGGGAACAAUGAGGCUCUUAGAGAGAUGAUAGAGAGGAGCAGGAAGCUUGAAGUUCAGUCAAAAACUGGUGUCUUUGAUAUCUCUGAUUGGAUAAUGAAUGGUUUUGGAGGGAGCUCGCCGGAGUUGGCAGAGUAUGUUGGGCCAGUGGAGGUGAGGAGAUCAAUUCCAGGCUCUGGAAGGGGGCUCUUUGCAACGAAGAACAUUGAGGCAGGGACACCAUUGGUGAUAACCAAAGCAGUGGUCAUUGGAAGGGGGAUAUUGCCGGAGAAUGACCGAGAGUCCGGUGUGACUGCAAGGCUUGUUUUGUGGAAGGAUUUUGUUGAUAAGGUGCUUGAUGUUGGGAGGAAAUGCAAGAGAACACUGAGAUUGAUGUACACAUUGUUUAAUGGUGAGGAUGAUGAAAGUGAGCUUCAAGUGCCUGAGAUGGCUCUAUUUAAUCCGAAUGAGAAAUCAAAGAUGGUAGCAAUGGAUGAAGAGGUGGAGGAGUUGUUGUUGGAUGUUGAGAGGAUACUGAAGGUUUUGGAUGUGAAUUGUUUGAUGGAAGAUGCAGCGUGUGCAAGAGUUCUUGGGAAGAAGAGUGGGUACUCUGGAGUGGGGCUUUGGAUAUUGCCUUCAUUUGUGAAUCAUUCUUGUAGUCCUAAUGCUAGAAGAUUGCACAUUGGGGAUAGAGUAAUUGUGCAUGCUUCAAGGGAUGUGAAAGCAGGGGAGGAGAUUGUGUUUGCUUAUUUUGAUGUUUUGGCGCCGGUGAAGAAGCGGAAGGAGAUGUCGAAAAGAUGGGGAUUUGAGUGUAGAUGUGAGAGGUGUAGGUUUGAGGAAGAGGUCUUCUUAUUUAAGGAGGAAUUGAGGAAGAUGGACGUGAGAAUGGAAAGCGGGUUUGAUGCCGGGGAGGUUGUGGUUGGACUAGAGGAAGGAAUGAAAAGAUGGAUGGUCUCCAAGGCAAAGGAAAGAGGCUUCUUGAGAGCAUCAUUAUUUGCGGCUUAUGCCGAAGUUUAUAAAUCCGAUAAGAUGAUGAGGCGGUGGGGGAAGAGGAUACCGACGGAGAUAUCUGUUGCAGAGAACAUGGCAGGGGCUGUGGGAGGUGAUGAGAGGACGAUGAAGAUGGUGCUUGAGAGGUUGAAGAAGAAAAGGAAGAGCAUUGCAAGUGACCAAAAUGUAAUUGAAAUGGAGAAAGCAUUGAAGCUUGGUAAAGGGGUCUAUGGGAAAGUGAUGAAGAAACAGAGCAUGAAGUUACUAUUUGAACUUCAUACUUAAAGAAUUUCUCAUUCUUAUUCUAAUGUACUUCAUUACUUGUAUUUCUUUCAAAUUGCAAUAAAGUAAGCUAUCAUUAUUUUUCUUUUA